AUGUCGCCACCUAGGCGUUUUAGGGUUCCCAUGCAUACGGUGCAUGAGGAGACCAAAUAUCCGGGACUAAACCCGGAUGAGACGUACAUUAGGCAUCGUACCACUGUUUGGGUAGACGUGGGACUAGAGGAGCUGGAACACCAUACCUAUUUGGCUUGGUCCCAUCGGGUCAGGUUGGUGAAUACUGGGCUAAUCCAGGGUUUUGAGGGGUUGCAGCAUGCUAACGAGGGUGCGGUAAAUUGGGAGCCCUGGAACAAGUUCACUCCCGAUGGCGAGGUGUCGGAUCCCGACAGUCCACCGGAGAACCCUGGUCCAGAACCAGCGCCCGUUCCGGAGCCCGAACCCGAACCUAUGGCCCCUGCAGACCUCGAGCUUGAAGAGGAAUCCGAGCCCGAGCCUGAGCCCGAGCCCGAGCCCGAGGAGGAGCCUAUAGUGUCCGAGCAUGAGGAGGAGCCAAUCGAGAUCGACUCGGACACGGAGUCAGAACCUUCAGGGUCCGAUUCGGAUUGGGCGCCGUAG